AUGGUCUUUCUUAUUCUCUUAACUCAAUUCCAUGAGACUAUGGGGUCCAAAAAGCCACGCCCAGGUCGCGGCUCUCGUACCAGACCGCCCCGUGAAGCGUUCCGCGAUUUGUUCACCGCUACCACUCCGAUCCCAAGGUCAGUUGUCCAUGCCCAUAUGAAGGAUAAAAAACGUGGAAAAGGAUUGCAUGUCGAUGUGAAUGUCCAAGAGUAUUUCAAGCAGAAGGAGAAGAUGAAUUGA